CCGGGCUUUGAAAUGGUUUACCUCCGAGUCUGAUAUCCCCAACGACCACACUAAACAGUUGACUGCUCGGGAUCAUCCGCGAAAUCUCGCUCCCCGAAAAUGGCAAGUUCCACAGUGUCUUUCCUCCUCGUCCUUCUCUUCAUCACCGCCGUCCUUUUGCAAUCCUCUUCAUCAUCCCCCACUUCACAGCCGUCCGAUAUCUUCCCUUCCAACAAACCCCCGCGCUUUCUGGGCAAACAUUCACGCCCAAUUAAACCUAACAACCAACAAUACCGUUAUGAAACCCGGUUCUUCUCCCAACCGCUGGACCACUUCAGCUUCUUGGAUCUCCCUACGUUCCAACAGCGUUACCUUAUCAGCACCGAACAUUGGGUAGGCCCAUCCCGGUCCGGUCCAAUCUUCCUCUACUGUGGCAACGAAGGUGACAUCGAAUGGUUCGCCGUCAACACCGGUUUUGUCUGGGACAUCGCACCGCGCUUCGGUGCCAUGAUUCUAUUCCCAGAGCAUCGGUAUUAUGGGGAGUCAAUGCCGUUUAGAAGUAGAGAAGAGGCUUAUAGAAAUGCCACUACUCUUUCUUAUCUCACAGCCGAGCAAGCGCUUGCUGAUUUCGCACUCCUCAUUACUGAUCUGAAGCAGAAUUUGUCCGCCGAAGGGUGUCCGGUUGUUUUAUUUGGCGGUUCCUAUGGAGGAAUGUUAGCGGCAUGGAUGAGGCUCAAGUAUCCUCAUAUUGCUGUUGGGGCGCUUGCUUCAUCAGCUCCGAUUCUUCAGUUUGAAGACAUUGUGCCACCAGAAACAUUUUAUAAUAUCGUUUCCAAUUCAUUCAAGCGGGAAAGUAGUAGCUGCUUUGACACUAUUAAAAGGUCAUGGAAUGCACUGGCAUCCGAGGGUCAGAAGGAGGAUGGCCUUCGGCAAUUGUCUAAAACUUUUCGCUUUUGUCGGGAACUAACGAGCGUCCAAGCCCUAACAGACUGGUUGGAUUCUGCUUAUAGUUAUUUGGCAAUGGUUAAUUACCCAUAUCCUUCAAAUUUUUUAAUGCCUUUGCCAGGACAUCCUAUAAAAGAGUUAUGCAGAAAGAUUGAUGGUUCUCCUGACGGUUCUAGUAUUCUGGAGCUUAUAUUCAAUGGAGUAAGCGUGUAUUACAAUUAUACUGGCGAGGUUGAAUGUUUUAAACUUGAUGAUGAUCCUCAUGGCAUGGAUGGGUGGAACUGGCAGGCGUGCACUGAGAUGGUUAUGCCAAUGUCUAGUGAUCGAAAUACUAGCAUGUUUCCAGCAUAUGACUGGGAUUACUCUGCUUUCCGAGAAGGGUGCAGGAUGGAUUUCCAGGUGAUACCAAGGCCUAGAUGGAUAACUACUGAAUUUGGUGGACAUGAUAUCGAGCAUGUAUUGAAAUUCUUUGGAAGCAACAUCAUAUUCUCAAAUGGUCUAUUGGAUCCUUGGAGUGGUGGCAGUGUUUUGAAGAAUAUAUCUGAAACUAUUGUUGCUCUUGUUACGGAAGAAGGCGCCCAUCACAUCGACUUGCGGUCCUCCACUAAGGAGGACCCCGAUUGGUUGGUUGAACAGAGGGAAACUGAGAUGAAGGUGAUCCAAGGUUGGCUGGAUGAGUAUCAUAAGAAAAUGAAAGCAACCUCCUACAUGUAGAUAAAGGUUGUGUAAAUAUAUAAUCUAGGUUGUGCACUUGUGGUUGCCAUCUUUUGGCCUUAGGCAUUGCCAAAAUAAGCUUAUUAUAGUUUGGCUUUUUUUCUUUGCUUAUUCCCCCACACGACCACGCUCAUGAAAUGGAUGCACUCACUUUAGGGGAAAACUGAUGCUUUGUUAGAGCCAUGAAAUGUAUGUUGGAUUGUUUGCAGCAAUGGUAUUACUUCUUUUGUUAA